CCUCUGCCGUUAUCUGAUUCCUCUCCCCUCCCCUCCCCCUGGGGGUUGGUGCACAGCUCCAGUACUGCCGCCGCCGUGAUCUCCGGCUCCUUCCCUCCGGUGGUGUGCUCCUUCCCGUCCCCACACUCCUGUCACCCGAUGGGCUUGUUCUCCAGUAGUAGUAGCCGGUCCGCCAGCGAGCUCCUCUGAGAGCCGCCCCCCGUUUUCGGGCACCAUGAGGCCGCUGUUCCGGAGGCUCCUGCGGGUCUCUAAUCGCUCCAUCUUCGCCUUUAUCUUCUUCUUCUCGCUGUCCUCGUCCUGCCUGUACUUCGUGUAUGUGGCGCCCGGCAUAGCCAACACCUACCUCUUCAUGGUGCAAGCCCAAGGUAUAAUGCUAAGAAACAACGUUCGAACCAUUGGACAUAUGCUUCGACAGUACACCAAUAAAAACAGUACGCUCAAUGGAACAGAUUAUCCAGAUGGUACAAACUCUACGGAUUUCACUGCACAGUCAACCAUGUAUCUUCCGGAAAACUUUACAAUCUCUCCACACCUUCCGUGCCCAGAGAAGCUGCCUUUUAUGCGUGGACCUACCGAUAUCAAUAUGAGUGAGAUCACAUUAGAAGAAAUUCACCAGCAAUUUUCUGACUUAAAUAUUGGCCCAGGAGGGCACUGGAAACCUACGGACUGCACUCCUCACUGGAAGGUGGCAAUCCUUAUUCCAUUCCGCAAUCGCCAUGAACACCUGCCCAUCUUCUUCAGGCAUCUAAUCCCUAUGUUACAGAGGCAGCGCUUAGAGUUCUCCUUCUACGUCAUUGAGCAGGCUGGUACACAGACAUUCAAUCGAGCCAUGUUGUUUAAUGUCGGGUUUAAAGAAGCCAUGAAGGAUCGAAACUGGGAUUGUGUCAUUUUCCAUGAUGUGGAUCACAUUCCUGAAAACGAUAGAAACUAUUAUGGAUGUGGGGAGAUGCCACGUCACUUUGCCACAAAACUUGACAAAUACAUGUAUAUUCUACCGUACAACGAGUUCUUUGGUGGUGUGAGUGGAUUGACUGUGGAUCAAUUUAGGAAGAUCAAUGGAUUUCCAAAUGCGUUCUGGGGCUGGGGAGGUGAAGACGAUGAUUUGUGGAACAGGGUGCAUUACGCUGGCUUCAAUGUCUCUCGACCAGAAGGAGACCUUGGGAAAUACAAGUCAAUUCCUCAUCAUCAUAGAGGAGAGGUGCAGUUCUUAGGCCGGUACAAAUUGCUGCGAUAUUCUAAAGAACGUCAGUACCUUGAUGGAUUAAAUAAUUUGAUAUACGCUCCAAAUAUCAUCAUAGACAAGUUGUAUAAAAACAUCACAGUAAAUCUUGUGCCAGAGCUGGCACCAGUAAAAGACUAUUAAUGAUUGGGGUGGGGGUGGGGUGGGGAGGGGGGUGCUCGCUGUCAGAAAUCAAGGCGAAGCCUACCGGAGCAGCAGGAGCACCACCGGGAUGGAAGGAAUGGACCAUCUCCAUGGAAUACUAGUGACUGAUAUCUAAUUCCACUUAUCUGAAUGUGUGACCAUACAUACAUCUGAAGCCAGCAGCUGCUAUAUCAAUGUUUACAGCAGAAGACUGCUCCUAAUAAAAGCCUUGUCUCACCAAAUGCUCUACAUUUUCACUGUUCAAUUCACUGUGCAGUGAAUUUUAGUUGGAAGACACAAUUCUUUAUCGCUCUUUUAUUGCACCAAUCUACUGCUUUUUGAGUUACAUAUGGUUGGUUUAUUUUUUUUUUUAUUCCCUUUUUGCCUUUUUUUUUUUAUUAUUUUAAAAUUUUUGUAUUCCACAGGUGUACAUGUUUCUGUAUAUAUCAUUUUGAGUUGUGUAAAUACAUUGGUUAUAUUUGUGUGUAUAUAUGUGUAGAUACAUUUAUGUAUACACACAUGGAUUGAUGUAAAGUUAUUCUGAAGUUUUUAAUGACUCCUGUUUUACACCUUUGCAUGUCUUUAUUGUAUAACUGUACUAUUUUUUUUUUUAAUACCGACUUGUCUUCAUUUGCAUGAAAAAGGAACAUGUAAAUAUUAGAAUUUAAAAAAAAUAUGUUUGAGCUUUAUGUAAAAUGAAGGACAUGUUUCUAACUAAUGGCCAGCUAUGACUGUAAACUGUUAUAAUGGUUUGUGAGCUUAAGGCCUUCUAGACAAGUCUGCUACGGGUUCAUCUCCGAGUUGUUGUCUCCGCAGCUAAAAGUAAAGGGACCUGUGAUGGGUUUAUCGAAUGCAGCCUUGGCCACCUUGGGGCAGAAUGUACAGUUAAUCCUACUAUCAAUUGUACUUGUAUGAUUUAUUCUAUGGCAUCUUUAUUGUAUAAUAUAUCAUAAAAGCUACAUAUCAUAACAUACAUACAGGUUGUCAAAAUAUCUGUGCCAACUGUGUUAAAUGUCAGGGAGCCGAUGCCAAGAAUAAUUUUUGUGUGAGCGUGUGUUACGUGUUUUUAGGUUGCUAAUUUAUUUUAAGAUUUUUUUAUACUGUAUAUUUUUAUUUGGAGCACUUGACUUUACAUGAAAGAAUGAGCCAAAAUAAGUUUUUCUUCAAAGAACGACAUAUUGUUUUGGUGAUGUUUUUCUAGACGUACAAUAUGACUCACAUUGCUCCAGAGAAUACUGUCUUUUUUUUUUAGAAUUUUAUUCUCCAUUUUCGGAGGUAAAUGAGUAUUGUUGCAGUCGCUGUGUCUUUACUUUACAAGUUAGGAGGGUGAAAUCUCCUAAUUUACUUUUGUGACUUUGUACUGAAGAAUGCAAAACAAAUUGCCUUUAUAGUAUUCUGUAUUACACUAAGGAGGAAUACUUAAAACAGUGGGGCUGUGUCCUAUAGGAUUCGGUCAGAUUGAGUGACAACUAGUGCUGCUUUAGUAUCUAGGGUACAGCAAGGGUAAAUUCCUGAAUUCAGGUGCUUAGACCCAAUAAAAUGUAGGAUAAGGGCUAGAGAAAACAUUUCCAGCUGAAUUUGGGCAUUUUAUCAAGGACAAGUGCACUAACUGGUGUUGGGCCAAAAGGUCUUUAGAAGAGUAACAUGACGUACUGUCUAUUGAAAUGAACACGUUGGGCAUUUAUGUAAGGUUUUGUAUCACUACUUUAGAGAUGAAGUACGUGAAUUUAAGAUUAUACUCCACCAAGAUCUGAUCCCUAAGCUAAAAGGGGUUGCAUGAAAUUAGGAAAAGGUCUACCCCCCCCCCCCCCCCCCCACCUUCCCGCAACUUGAAGAUGCCACUCUUGUCUAUGAGCCAUGUCUGGUAUUCCAGCUCAUGCACAUUCAAGUGCAAGUGGCUGAACUGUAGAGACAGUACCUGGAUUGUAGUUGGUAGACCUUUCCUAAUUUUCUCCACCCCUCUCAAUAAGUUGUGCACAUCCCUUUCCAAGGGUAACACAUUUUUAUCAUAUUAAUUCAAGUUUCACCACUGGGACAGUGUUUUGUGAAGUUAAGAGAUUAAUAGCUAAAUUAAAUCCUGCUUUGUAAUAUGUGGACCAAUGAAACUGUGACUAAUUUAGUUGUCCCCACUCAAAGAGAACACCUUUUAUUUAUACAUCACUAUGUAACUGGUCCCCAGCACUUACAUUAUAGUGUACAUGUGGCUUUCUUUAACUAGGCCACUUAAGCUGUGUCUACGGGGUCCACCGGGGGCUGAAGUCUUCCAACAGCUUAAAUGUCACUAGAUGAACACUACAAAGCUAAGUGAAAUUUCAAGGCAGAUCUUUGUGGAGGAGCGCACUACCUUUUCCUUCAGCCCCAGUUUGUAUUGAUAUCACCAUGAAGAAUGGGAUAGAGCUGUGGUUUUCCAAUUCCACUUAUUUAUUUGAACAAUGUUAAAGAUUCUCAUUUUGCAAAGUUUCUCUGGAAUUUGCAGGUUUUCUGCAGUGCUCUGUUUUUUUCUUUUUUUUCCUUUUACCUACACUCUGUAGCAGUGUAGUCCUUGAAUGCAUGAUCACCAGGGAAUAGACAUGGAAUGCUUACAUAGCAUGCUCGCCUCGUUCUUAUAAAUAGAUCUGAUUUGCAUAUUUUUUCCCAGGUAACACUGCCUGGACUAGAAGCUCACCUACGCCAGUUAGCAGUCUACACAAGGAGAAACAAUAGUGUUGGAGAGAGACAGAGAAGUCCGUCACAGCCUCCACUGGUACUUACACUGGAUUACUGGCUAGUGCAAUGAGGAAGUACUAUCAUGCUGGGUAAUUGUAGACUAGCGGUGCUCAGCCAUAGUAUGCAUAGGAUAUAAACAAUUCUUGCAUGUACUAAUAUAGAAAUGACAGCACUCACUACUUCUUGCUUUUCUUUAUUAGAAGUUCUUCAUCAUUCCAGGGGGGAGACAAUACAAAAGACUACAGCGCAGUUUCGCACCUGCUUGUGCUUCGUCGGGCCUCGCGCUGUUUCGCACCUGCUUGUGCUUCGGCCCGACCAAGCACAAGCAGGUGCGAAACAGCGCGAGGCCCGACGAAGCACAAGCAGUUGCGAAACGGCGCUGCAGCCUUUUGUGUUUUAAGCCCCACCCAUUAUGUGUGUCUCCCCCCUGGAAAGAUGAAGAACCUCUAAUAAAGAAGAAAGAAAAGCGUGGUGAGUGCCGUCAUUUCUUUAAUACUACAAGCAGGAAUUCCACAAGGAGAAACACUACCUCCCAAGAACUCCUUGUCCGUAGUUAUGUUCCAGAACUAGCUUUCAAGCAAUGGAUCGCAACAUAUUCCAGCUUGAUCCCUUUUUUCUUUCUUUAUAAUCUUUAAGAACACCUUAAAUUUCAACAUUUCUACUUCAAACCAUUUGUUUCCCGAACUGUGAACUUCAGUUUUUUUGUUUGUGUUGAUGGAGUUAUAGUUGACAUUAUGCAGUGUUAAUGACCUUUGUAUCUCUAGGUAGAUUUUAUGGUGAGCCUUUUAGAUUAUUUUAUACUUUUUGGUUUUACAAAGGUGAAACAUUUGCAUUAUUGAAGUUCUUUGGGCUUCUUUUUUUUCCAUAGAAAGUCCUAGAUUUCCUUAUUUAAGUAAAACAUUUUGUAAAAAGGAAAUAAGUAUAACUGCAUAGUCUUUCUUGCUCUGAAUUUUAUUUCUACUUUUGGAGAUUAGGAGGAACAUGUCCCUUAGGCUAGACAUCUUGUGGCGUAAGUCAGUGUACACUGUGACUGACUGGAUCUUAGUAAUGAAAUGCUGCAUUCUUAUCAAUACUGAUUCAGGCUACAUGAUGGUUCCGUUUAGGUUCAGAACUACAGCAGCACUGUGAAUUACAACUGUACCUGUGUAUGUAGCUAUUUAGCCAAACGCAAGAAACCAUUUGAAUGCAUUCUUCGUGCAAAGUCUACAUCAAUUCCAGGCAGUGUUUAUUGUGCCUUUUUUUCUUUUGGUAGUAUUUUCUUAUUGGGAUACUGUAAACUUGUUGCAGUUUUAGUAGAACGGCAUGAAGAAUAUUCUUUCCUUUUUUCUUUUGGCACAGUUCAUUACUUAUUAAAUAGGCUUAUGGUUAUGCGGUCUUGGAAGAGAAUGUUGCUCUUCAGUACAAUAGCAAUAAUGUCUGUGAACUGGGACGCUGACACUAUUUAAUUUGUAGUAGACUAUAAACACAUGAUCAAAGUAGAUUUUUUAUUUUAAUGCAUUGCAUGUGUCAAUGAAGGUCGUCUUAUUUUGCUGUUCUUCCACAUUCUUACAUAAUAAACUUAAAAGUAAAAAUGAAA